AUUAUUUUUAGCAGUGAAUGGAGCAGAGCUGAAGCUCUCUGCCCCCAUCAAGGGUACGGCAUCAUGUUGUGCUGGGAGGAUUUAACUGCCCCGCUCUCUGAAUGGCUCUGUCACCACCUGGGGCUGUGGCACAGGCAUGGAUAACUUCGAGUACAGCAUCCAGCUGAACGACCGCGACUGGGCUGAGUUCUUGCGGGCUGUGGAGGAAUGCAACCAAGAACCGGCUGCCUUGGCCACAGCAGAGGAGCAGUGCCUCAGUGACAUUGAACAAGGGGACACUGUGCCUGCUCUGUGCAGCACCAGGACAGGCACCGAGCCAGGGCUUGGCAAGGCAAACUGCUCCCCACGUGGGCUGUGCGGAGAGGACGAAGUAGAUCCGUGCUCAUCCAUUCUACGUGGAGACAAGCAGCCUGUCUGCCCGCUGCUUGCUGCCAUGCCCAGCGUGCAGGGCAGGCAGCCUCCCUGUCCUCCUGCAGCUGAGGGCAGUGCAGGGCAGGAUGCAGCACUGGGGGAAGGAGCUGCUGGCAGCAGAGCCAUGGAGCAUGCUGGGCACCCUGCUGCACCCCGUGCCCAAGGAGAGGACGUCAGUAUGGAGCAGCCCUGUGGGAGCCCAGCAGUGGUACAGGGAGGUAACCAGGAGGCUACUGCAUGGAAAAGCCAUGCUGGGGUGCCGGGACCUGAACAUGAGCACCCUGCGGCAGAGCCUGCUGCAGAGCUUGGGGAGAAAGCAACCAGCCAGCCCAGUGUCCAGGAGGUGGUGAGACCCAAAGUGCCAACACCAGCAAGGAAGAGCCGCAAGCAACGUGGAGCUGGUGGCACCGAGGUGACCCCAGGGGACAAGGAGCCAGCAGGGAACCCGGCACAAGGCAGCACAGCACCCAGCAGGGCCCCCUCGUCCUCCCCACUGACCUCAAGGAAGGGCAAAGGGAAGGAGAAGGCGGCCAAAGCGGCACCCAUGAGGCUGAGCAGUGAAGAGGCUGCAGAGGGCAAACGGCCAACGAGCAGCCCUGAUGCGGUGCUGGUGGAUGUGCCCCCCAACGUGUCCCCAAAGCUGAAGGCAAAGGAGUCAGGGGCACAGUCACCAGGGAAGGCGAGAUCCACCAAGCUGGCCAGGCAGGUGGGGGGCACAGGGGUGUGUGACACUGUACCAGUGGUGGUCACUGCACCUAAUGCAAUGCCAUUAGUUGUCACCCCACCAGCUGUUGUCACUACACCAGAUGCUGUUCCAGUGGUUGUCACUGUGAUGGGUGAGCUGUGCCAGGAUGGGAAGACUCUCGGUCCCCAAAGUGUGGCUGCUGCUGCUGGGGGCUGUGGGGAGUUCACAGCCAGCCCCAACCAGGAGAUAAGCUCCCCAGCAUUCACAGUUGGGGGCUCUCCUGGGGUAGACACCCUGGGUGUGACGUGGCCUGAGAUGUACGACUAUUUGUUCUGCGACUCCCAGGGGGAAGAAGAAGCAGCAGAGAACGUGGCGGAGGGCGAGAAAACGCCCUUGGAAAGGGAAAUAUCCUUGCCUGAACUGUAUGAGUAUUUUUUCAAUGAAGCUGAUGGAAGUAGGAAAAAAGCCAAGGGUAAGCAGAGGAAGAGGAAGGAGUUCUUUGGCUUUCACCAGGCUGAGCUGCAAAAGGAGAAUCCCAAUGCGACUGCAGCCAAAGAGCCCGUGGCUGCCACAGUGCCUGAGCUGUAUGAACACUUCUUCCCCGAUGGACCCCAGCACAGGAGGGGCUGGAGGGGAUUUCUCUUCUCCUCACCAGCUUCUGAGGUGAGGAAAGCCGUGGGGGCUCUGAUGUCCAUCCUGCAGAGGCCAAAGCCGUGCGGCACAACCCAAGCGCCCUCAUCCCCAUCAAUGGCACGGAGAGGGUCCCACCUUGCCUUGGUGCCACUGGGAGGGGGUCCUGAGCACCCACCAGCUUUGGACAUGGCCCUUGCACUGAGAGGUAGACCUGAGGUCCCACUGGCUCUGACCCACAAGGACAUGUGUCUCGUCUUCUGUGCCUUUGCCUCCUGGGCAGUGAAGACCUCCGACCUGCAGGCUCCGGAUGCCUGGAAAACCGUGUUCCUGGCAAGCUUUGGCACUCUGUCUGCCAUCCGCUACUUCAGACGGCAGGUCAGGGAAGGACGGCCCCACACCUAAUCCCAGCACAACACGUUCCCAAGGACAGCUGAGGACGGGCACCUUGUUCUUGGGCAUCAUGAGGAGCCCAGAGCCCAGCACUGAGACUUCUCAGGAGCCAUCCCCAAAGGGGACAGGACGUCACGGGGAGCAGGAUCCUUCCGGUGACAACACGGUAGGCUGUUUGUACCUGCGUUGGACAGGAGAGGAGCCUGGUGUGGGCCAGCUCCGUUCUUUCUUUGCACACUUCUUGCAUAUCUAUGCCACCUGCUAGGAGCAGGAUUGGCAUCCGACCUCCCCGUGGGGGUCACCCACUGGCAAAACACUGAGAUGGAGAGCAAAAAGAAUGAACAGAAAAAGUGCUUCAUGUUCUAUGGAAGGGAUUGGGGCUGAGCAAUGGGAAGAGCCCUGGCAAGGAUGGGAGCGUGUCGGAGAGGGCACAGGGUGCUCAUAUUUGGCUCUGGUUGUGGCUGCCAACCCUGGGGUCUGUUUGUUCCAUGUUGCUCCUGUCCUGGGGACAUGGAGUGUGAGGAGGAGGAGGGUGAGAGUGUGACCUUGUGGGGGAGGAAGGGGUGAGAUCCCAAGGGGUGGGAGGCAAAAACAAAGCGGUUCUGUCUCUGGUCACCCAAGAGCAUUAUUCAUGAGGGCUUUCUGCACUCGCAAGUCUGCAAACAGCAGAAACAAGGGGUUGUGUAGGCACUUAGGGACCAGAUCCACAAAGUUACUGGGGAAAUCUGCCCCAGAAUCCCAUGUGGGUCUGCCUAGGAGCUUUAUAGGAACAGUCUGAGGCAGUAAGGGGCAAGAAGAGGUUCUGCUCUUCCUUUGCAAUACAGAGCUCCAUGCAUGGGUUGCACCAUAAGGGCAGGGCAGAGAGCACACAGUUAUGCAGUGGGAUACAUAGCAGAAUGUGUUGAGGGACAGAUACUGGCUCUGUGUGGACUGUGUAGGAGCUGUAUGUUGGGUAUGAGGAGUUGCGUGGAGGAAGAGAACAGACAAAAUAUGCUGGAAGCUUCCAAUAAAGAUCUUUCUCCUUUAA